UCAUAAUAAUAUUUAUUAUUAGAGAAUUAAAAACGAUAUAAAUAAAUAUUAAUAUUUAAUUAAUUGAAUACAUUAGUAAUUGAAAGUAGCCUAAUAAUAGAUAAUUUGCACUCGUCUGUAAAUGGUGAUAUGGGGAAAAGAGAAUUAUUCGAAGAAGGAAUGAGAGAAAUGUGGGUUUUCGCACGGCGUGGUUAAACAAUCCUUUGUGUUUCUCAACCGUCUCAACUCUCUUGGACCGCAGACGUUACGAGUGCGUUUUCCAAAACUCCACAAGGAUGACAAGGAUUAAAGGUGUUUAAAGGAUUAUAGAUUUGUGUCAUUAGCAACUAGGUACAUCUUAUUCGACAAAAACUGUAAACAGAAAAAGUCAAACUUUGUAGGUAACUUUACAGAAAAUGUCGAACCUAUUUUUGGCAUCUAUAAACGGCCUGGAAAAUGGUACUGGGCAAAAUAUUUGGCCAUGUUUUUCAUUCUAAAAUCUCGAAAAAUAUUGGGCUACCUUGAUAGGCAACGUCAUCAUCGGACAGGCUAUGGAUUGAAAUCGCGAUCAUCGCCAGAAGAAAUGGAAAUGCCUCAAACAUUGUCACCUGAACAUCCUAAAGCAGUUGAAGCAGUUUUCUUUAUCCUGUGUACCAAAGAAGGUUUUUACAUGAUGUGCGGAUGCGAAAAAAGACACAAUAAUAUCCACAAUGGAUAUGUUUAUCUUUUAGUUCCUGGAGUUGGUUUAUUAGGCAGUGAAAAACUGCCAAACACUGUUUUACAUGGAGGACAUCCCAAUAGUUAUGGAGCCGAGGGAAUCAAAAUUUCAUUAGUCAAACCAAUGAAAGAAUGGACAGUUGAAUUUGAUGGCAACAUGAAAUACAUUUCUAAAAAGGAAACUGAUGAAAAUUCUGAAUCGAAAUUUCUUAAAGUCAAAUUGGAAGGUACUUGGCAAAGCGAUUUGCCUUAUUUUGAUUUCGACACCGAUUUAAAUACAAAUCAAAUCUGUAAGGCUUUGGCUGUUGAAGAUUGGACUGAGGAUUUCUUCCGAUAUCUUCGAGAGGCCCACCAAACUCAUUAUGAGCACAUGGGGAACAUGAAAGCAAAAUUGUCGAUUGAUGGGAAACUUUACGAGUUUGAGGGUUUGUCAUUUCGAGAUCAUAGUUAUGGAUUUAAACGAGAUUGGAAUUUAAUGCACAGAUACAUUUAUCACAUACUCUUUAUGGAGAACGGAAUGACUUUAUCGAUCGGCGUUUUGAGUCAGCCAUGCACUACUUCCUGUUUGAGGACUGGCUAUGUCUAUGAACCCGAUGGUACCGUACAUUCUUUGCAGAAAUGUGAUUUAGAAUUAUAUCAGCAUGGCGAAAGAGGCAUACCAACGAGAGAUUACGCAUUUUCUUUUUCAGCGGGUAAUAAAAAUUAUUGGAUACAGGUCGAGAUAGUGGAUGAAGCAGUGCACGUUGUUGGUGGAAAUAGUGAGGAAGCAAGAAUGGUGGAAUUUUUCGUAAAGGUGCGAGUGAAUGGUAAAAUCAACGGUAGAGGUAUUUGUGAAUAUAAUUACAACAAUGCUUAUUAUCAGAAAAUAAUAGGAACCAGUUUAUAAACAGUCGUCACGCAGUUUAUCGACUACGAUAUUAAAAAAAUCAUUUAUAAUAACAUGCAAUAAAAUUGAUUUACUAAA